CUUAAUUUUCAUUCAUUCAUAUAUUUGUAAGCGUUAGAAGUACAGCAUAACAGUGUUAUUAGAGAACGUACAUAAUAUUACGACAUUCAUUUCCAUCAUAUCACAAUUAUCUGUUAACACGCGUAGACGACAACACCUUUGAUCGAUUGUCACUCUGUAUAUUUAGUAUUUACAAAACUCAGUGACACCUGUUGGUUUUUUGGAUUUGACUGAAGACGAAUUAAAACUGCAUUUUGUAUUUGAAAAGUAUUUUUGAAGUUUUGAAAAGUUUUAAUUAACGAAAAAAAAAGUAUCAUGAGGUGUACGUGGUUUUUCUUAGCGUUUUUAACAGCCAUUAUAUUUUCAAUAUUUAUACCGGGACCGGUUAAGGCUGGUCCGUAUCUGGAAGAUGAGGAUGGUUUGGAACAGGAUGACUACACAGAAAAUGCAAUUGAAAAUUUACUGCAAAACGCUGCUCAAAAACGUUCUUCCAUUAUUUAUCUUUACAGACGUGCUUGUAUAAGACGUGGUGGAAAUUGUGAUCAUCGACCAAACGAUUGUUGCUACAACAGUGCAUGCCGUUGUAAUUUAUGGGGAUCAAAUUGUCGGUGUCAGCGUAUGGGCCUAUUUCAAAAAUGGGGUUAAACCCAACAUCCGACAAAUUUUAGUAUACAUUUUGUAUAGAAUGUUUCUUUUUAUACCAUCAACAACAUCCAUCACGUUUAUGGUAUAAUGGAAACUCCAUAACAAAAUUUAAACGGCCUGUUUGUAUUUUAUUCACGACCUUAUGCUAUGUACAACUGAAUUUAUUCAAACAACGGACACACUACACAUGAAAAAUUUUUAGUAAUUUAAGAAAAAUAAAUUAUAUUUAAAAAAA